CCCAAGGCAUGUUUUGUUAUUCACGUGGCUUUUAUUAGAUGUAUUGCCAUUAACUUUCUUAGUUAUCCAUUUGAUAUUGAAAAGUUGCUAUAUCUAGUCAAUAACAUCCUUUACUUGUUUGAAGAUGGAUUCCAUUGAAAAUGAUCCCCGCUUUGCACAUAUUGCAACGGACCCACGUUUUAGACCAAUGCCAAAGUCUAAGCGAAAAGUAAAAAUUGAUUCACGUUUUCAGUCUCUAUUCACAAAUACACAUUUCAGUCACAGAACUGAUAUAGAUAAACGAGGUAGACCUAUUCUAGAUUCCUCAAAGAAAAACAAACAUGUGAUGGAAAAGUUCUAUGAAUUAUCAGAUAAUUCUGAUAGUGAAAAAGAUGAGGCGGAUAAUGAUGAAGCAUCAAAAGAGCCAGCUCCGAAAAAGUUGAAAAAAGAUACAAGAGGCAGAGGUAAGCCAGAUUAGCUCUUACCUUGUAUUAUAAGCCUUAAUUAUUAUUGGAUGUUGUUACCUUAUUUUAUUAAUUACCUUUAACUCCAUUACUGGGCCUGGGCUAAAAUACAGGUAAUCUACCACUUGAGCGUCGGCCUAGAAAAAAUCCAAAAAUCGAAAUGUCUUGUGAAAUUGUGACAUGAUAGAAAUGAAUAGUUUAUGGGUACUUCAUUUUUCAACCAAUCAAAGUCAUCAAUUUAAAAAAUGCAUUUGUCUUUUUUUCCAGAGUUUAUCUUGGGGUAGUAGUAAGAAUCAGUUUCUAGUUCCUUUUUUACAAUUUGAUUUGAACCUUCUAAGUUUAAAUUUUAAUAAAAACAAAUGGAAAUGUCAAUUUUAAAUAUAUCAUACUACUGUAUCAAUGGUUAGAUUUAGUAUAUAAUGCCAAUAAUGCUCAUUAAAGAACUGGAAAGUUAUCAUAAACAUCAUUCAGGUCCAACUGUUGGUCCUGUCACCUGAAGUCCAGUGUUGGGAUUCCCCAAAGUGACAUCACUGCGCUUAGGGUGAGACAACCCUUGCAAAACUCGUGCCACUACCUACACAUUUAAUAACCUAUUACUGUAUUAAGUAUGAGAUGCCUUUUUACUUUGUCCUGACAAAGGCUGUGUCUUUUAACACACAAAUAAUGAUGUUACGUACAGGCCCUACAAGAAACCUGUGAAGUCUUAAAGUGUUUAAGUUAAGCAUAAGCUAGUCGCAUGGGCCCAUUGGUGGUUAGUUAGUCAUUACCGAUAACUAGUUUUUCAAGGUUCUCUUUAAAUUUAAGUUAAAGGUGGGUGUCAGGCAGCAUAUUAUAAGUAUAUCUGUUUUAACUCUAAGCACAAUGUUGUUCAAUCUGUCCCGAUGUGGAAAUUUUUUUACCAAACUGCUUGUAAUUUCUAAUAGACCUAUUUAUUUAUUCAUUUUAAAAAAUUAUACUUUGAAAAUUAAUGAAAUAUCAUUGGCCUAUUUUGAAUUUUUGCAUUCCCUUGUGUUUACUUCUUCUGUAAUGAAACUUAUUACUUUAAAAAAUUAAAAUGUGACAUACAAACCAGUGGGUGACAGUGUCAUUUCUUUCAGCUUUGUGUUACACCAAAAUUUAUUAAAUCAUUCUUUAUGGUAGAGAGCUGGUUUUUGAACUAUUUUGAAUCCUACCACUGCAUAGGCCCAUUAUGAAUUAUUUUAAAAGAUGCAAUAACUAAUUACUAACUUUCAUAAUAAUUUGAAGAAUGUAGCACGUUUAGGCCUAAUUUUAAAAUUCUUAAAGUAAAAUUGCAAAGCAAUAUUAAUUAAAAUGUAUAGACCAUCCCUGUAUAAUCCCAUGCCUUGUGGAUUUCGUCCUGCAAAGUCCACACCAUUGUCAAAUUGUAACGGACGGAUGCCAGCAGACCCUCCCUUUAUGUAUGAAAACACUUAGUGUGUAAUUCUGAAACAUAAAUGCAGAUUCUGAGAAUAUAGGUCUAGUGAUCAUGCAAUAAAAAAUAUUAGUAAUCAUGGUUACUAUUAGUAACCAUGUAGAUAGGGAUAGGCCUGUAACUGUAAACCAGAAUGAAAUUAAAAAGUUGAAUUACGGUAUUCAUGUUUACCUUUAUGGUUUGUCUUAUUACUUUUCAAUACUCUGUUUAAUGAAGUGUUAUCAAAAAGAAUGUUUUUGCAAUAUUUAUUUUAAAACACAUUUUUUAGUAAUAAAAUUGUGGGUUUAUGUUGUAAUGCUUAAAUUGAUUAUUAUUUUUUUCUUCCUCAGUUGUUUCACCUAAAAAGGAUGCAAAAACAGAAAGUGAUGAUAAACCAGAAGAAAGUGAGAGCGCAACGAGUAGUGAAUCUGAAGAUGAUGAUACAGAACUCCCUGAGUUCACCCAAGAAUUUGCCCUUGAAGAGACUGAGAUAGACCAUAAAUGGAAUGAACUUCACACAGAUGCCCCAGCAAUAUCAGAGUCAACUCGCAGACUAGCAGUGUGCAAUAUGGACUGGGACUAUGUUAAGGCACAGGAUUUAUUUAUUUUAUUCAAGUCGUUCGUUCCUGAAGGGGGGCAGGUGAAAAGUGUGACAAUCUAUCCAUCUGAAUUUGGAAAAGAGAGGAUGUCGGAAGAGGCUUUGCUGGGGCCUCGAGAGAUUAGGGAGGGAGUUAAAGAAGAGGAUGUUAGAGAUGAUGAGGUGAAAGGGAGGAAAAAAAACAAGAAACAAGUCAAGGAUCAGAAGAAAAUUAAGCAAACUGAAAAGGAAAGAGAAGCAGCUCAGACAGAAAAACUUCGAGAAUAUCAGCUCAACCGUUUAAGGUAUUACUUUGCAGUUGUGGACUGUGAUUCUGUGGGUACAGCUGACAUGAUCUACAGUGAAUGUGAUGGGAGGGAGUAUCAGCUUAGUUCUGUCAGGCUUGACCUCAGGUUUAUCCCUGAUGACAUGACUUUCGACGACGAGCCUAAAGAAAGCUUUUCAGAAGAGCAGAGUAUUGUGGGAUAUCAACCGAGUCAGUUCAAUUCCACCGCUCUGUCACAAGCAAAGGUGGAGGUGACAUGGGAUGAAACAGAAUUUGACAGACUUGCUCGGCGUAUCGGCUCACUGCAGCCCAAGGAGCUGGAGAGUAUCGUUGAGGAAAACAAAUUUGCCGAGAUUAUUGCUCCACCUGAAAGUGAUUCUGAAGAUGAACAAGAUGGCAGGCCAGCUUGGCUUCAAAAUAUCUUAAGUGAUGAGAAAAAAGCAUUUACAGAAGAAGAAAAGAUUCAGCUGUAUAGGAAAGUGUUGAUGGACCAACUGGUGGAGGAUCAGGAUGAGAAAAAAGCAGAGGAAGGGGAAGUCGACCAGGAAGUUGAGUGGCAGGUGGGAUUAAAAACAAGUGUUGAGAAGAAACUGAAGAAAAAGGAACUACAGGGUGAAAACACCAUUGUCAGUGAUUUCUUAGAGAAGAAGAAAGCAAAGAAGAAAAAGAAGAGAGUAGAGAAAAUGAAAAAACUAGAAGUCAAAGAAGAUGGGGACAGUGAAGCAUUUAGUGAUGAUGAGAUUCCAGGUGGUAUUGAAUCCUUCAAAGAUAUGUUUCAAGAAGAACCUGAUCUUAAUAUACACGCUAAAGGCAAAAAGAAAAAACAGAAGUUGAAUAAAAGAAAAGGUGAUAAGGAUGAUGAUAGUGUUGAUGAGAAACUGAAAGCAGAGCUUGAGCUCAUUGUUAUGGACGAGGAGGGCGACAAAAAGAUUUCCAAGCCCGAAGUUGUAAAAGAAAAAUCAAAGAAGAAAAAGAAGAAGUUGGCCAAGAUGAAAAAAUCAGCUGAAGAAGAUUAUAACUUGGACCUCAAUGACCCCAGGUUCAGUGCCCUGUACAAUUCACACUUGUUCCACAUUGACCCCACCGCACCACAGUUCAAAAAGACCAAAAAUAUGCUGAAACUGGUGGAUGAGCAGAUCAAAAGAAAAAAAGAUGCACAACCUAAGACCACAAACGCUGCUGUAAAAAAUAAGUCUCAGGCAUUAGUAGAAAGAUUGAAAUCUAAAAUUAAAAAGUGAAUACCGGUUGUUCUUUAGGAAUUUUUAAUGAGAUUUUCAUUACAUUAACUUAACUCAUGUGUACAGAAUACUGGGAUUUAAUAUUUUUUUUCCUGAAAUUUCAAUGAUUUUAAAUAAGCUUAUUACCUGAUAUGCAAGGGCUUGUCAGAGGCCAGGCAAAUUCUGAACAUUUUAUUAUUUUUAUGCACAUUGACUUUUUUAUACUGUUGAGUAAUUGUCUUUGCAUCGCAGGUGUAUUUGAUGAUUUGAAUGAGCCAAUUUUUCUCUGGGCACCUGUUAUUUGUUUAUGACUAUGUUGAUUGUGAUUAUGUUUCUGAGAACAUGGUAUUAUAACUACAUAAAACUUUAAUAAAAC